UUUUAUAUCCUCUCAUUUCACAUAUAUAGAAAACCAAAAAAAAGAGCAAAAACAAAAACAAAGAAAAAAUGGGAUUUUGUUUUUGUUUAUCCUCAGGAGGAUCAACAGAUAGAAACCAGAUCUACGAGAUAAAUGAUUAUGGACAAGAAAAUGCAGUUUUAUACUCGGAACAACAUGACUUUCCUCAAGACUUUGGCUCUGUCUCGUCUUUAGCUGGAGGCAAGGGCUUUAAUCAAGAUGCUGCCAUACUCCACCUGGGAUAUGGAACUGAAGAAGGAGCGUUAUGUGGAGUAUUUGAUGGUCAUGGAGAGAAGGGUGAAUUGGUGAGCAAGAUCGUAAGAAACCAGUUGCCAUCUUUAUUGUUAGGUCACAUGAACAAUCAUUCAGUGACUCGAGACUGGAAACUCAUCUGCGAAAGUACGUGUUUGGCCAUGGACAAAAGGAUUCUUAAACUCAAGAACACUCUUGAUUGCUCCUCAUCCGGAACUGCUGCUGUUUUCGCCGUUAAACAUGGAAAUCAAGUGAUGGUGGCAAACCUAGGAGAUUCAAGGGCUAUUAUGAUUGGAACAAGUGAGAAUGGACAAAUGAAGGUGGUUCAGUUAACCAGUGACCUAAAGCCAAGUGUCCCAAGCGAAGCGGACAGAAUAAGGAAACGCAACGGAAGGGUCUUAGCUUUAGAGUCAGAGCCUCAUAUUCUAAGAGUAUGGCUUCCACAUGAAAACCGACCCGGCCUAGCCAUGUCUAGGGCUUUUGGUGACUUCGUUCUUAAAAGCUAUGGUGUCAUUGCGACUCCUGAAGUCUCUACGCAUCAAAUCACUUCUCGCGACCAGUUUCUGCUCCUUGCUUCGGAUGGGGUGUGGGACGUGCUUAGUAACGAAGAAGUGGCUAAGGUGGUGAUGAAGUCGGUGACUGAGACAGGAGCGGCCAACGCGGUGACAGAAGCGGCUACUAAUGCGUGGAGACAGAAAUAUCCAACGGCUAAGGUUGAUGAUAUCACUGUCGUGUGUCUCUCUGUCAACAAGAGACAUGUUCCACAGCCUCUUAUAUGAUUA